UGUGAAAGUAUAUGCCGCCUCGGCAGGAAGUGUUGUGGAACAGAUCGGUUUAACACUUCUUUUCGCAGUGCUCAAUAAGAAAUACCGCAGUAUUGUCGUUAGUGAUAUAUUUUAAAGUGCAAGAAAUAAUGUUGUUUCGAUUUAUAUUGUUAUUAAUAUUUGCCGUAUUUGCAAAAACGACCACAAUUGAUAAUAAGUUGCAGACAAUUUCCACUUUACGCGUGGAAGAACAAAAUUUGAAUAAUACAAAUGUAAUCAAUAACGAGAAAGGAUUCUGGGAUUGGUUGGCAGAUAUAGUGGCGCCAAAACCACCAACAGUUACAGAACCUUCACAAGCAGAAAAAUGUACAACAUGCACGUGCGGUUUGACAAACAAACAUAAUCGUAUUGUCGGAGGCAACGAAACACUCGUUAUUGAGUAUCCUUGGGUGGCUUUAUUGAUGUAUUUGAGUACCAAUUAUUUGAGGACCGCAAAAUUUUAUUGCGGUGGUACAGUUAUAAAUUCACGAUACGUGUUGACAGCAGCUCAUUGCAUUCACAAAUUUGAUCCAAGUAAACUGAUUGUCCGAAUAUUGGAGCACGAUUGGAAUUCGACUAAUGAAAGCAAAACGCAAGAUUUUAAAGUAGAAAAGACGAUCAAACACAGUGGUUAUUCGAAUGUUAAUUACGACAACGAUAUUGGACUCAUUAAGCUAAAGGAACCUAUCAAGUUCCAGGGCUCGAUGCGACCUGCCUGUCUUCCGGAACAAGGAAAAACCUUUGCUGGUGAAAAAGGUACAGUGACUGGAUGGGGCGCUACCAAAGAAGGUGGAUCAGUAUCAAGUCAUUUACAAAAAGUUGAUGUUCCCAUUCUUUCAAACGCGGAAUGUCGCGCUACUAGCUAUCCAUCGUAUAAAAUAACAGAUAAUAUGCUGUGUGCGGGUUACAAGCAAGGUGGCAAAGAUUCUUGUCAAGGAGAUAGCGGUGGUCCAUUGCACGUAGAAAAAAAUGGUGCUAACUAUGUAGUUGGAAUUGUAUCCUGGGGAGAAGGAUGUGCGCGACCUGGUUAUCCCGGAGUUUAUUGCAGAACAAAUCGAUUUCUCACAUGGAUUGAACAUAAUACGAAGGAUGGUUGUUAUUGUCACAACAAUUAAUAUAGACUGAUAUAUUUAUUUCAGUUAAUUUUACAUUUAUUCGAUAAUAAUGAGAAAUACUCAAUACAGGCCGUGAAAAUAGCUAAUAAAUACAUAAUGAAACACGUACGUAGUUAACAAUUUUUACUAGCUAUUAACAUUUUUCGAAAAAUGUAACAUUCGAAAAUUAGAUGCAUCGUUAGUAAAUUUCAUUACAUUAAAAUGGUUGAAUCAUAUGGAAUAAUAUAUUUUUAUAAUAGAUAUAUUAAUAUCUGCAACAAUCGCGGUUUACGUAAUACAUUCACAUUAUUAGGAUUGAAAAGUUUA